AAAGCUGCACCUGAUCCCGAGAACCCUAGAGAAGCAUGGUCGGAAGUCGUCUAGGUUCCAUGGACGUCGCUGUCAAAGCUAACAACAACAAGUUCCUCUGUAGUUACGGCGGCAAGAUUCUCCCCCGUUAUCCCGACGGCAAGCUUCGUUACGUCGGAGGAGAGAUCAGAGUCCUCGCCGUUGAUCGUUCCAUCUCAUUUGCUGAACUAUUGGUGAAGCUUGGAGAGUUGUGUGGAUACUCUGUAAGUCUAAGAUGUCAGUUGCCGACGGAAGAUCUAGACGCCUUGGUGUCAAUUACCUCAGAUGAGGAUCUUGCUAAUAUCAUAGAGGAAUAUGAUCGAGCGAGUAUGUGCCGAGACAAGGCGGCACUAGUAGCGGCUUCUUUUCCGUUGAAGAUUAGAGCUUUUCUGUUUCCCAAAUCCGUGAAAAAAGUCUCUCCUCCCCCGUCGGCUACGUCCAGUGUCAUCGACGCUACUCCGGCAUGGAAAUCGCCCUACGCAGCCGCUAGAUCCCGUUCGUCUCUUCCUGGCUUGGUUGCUCACCGAUGCGUCCAUCACGCUUUCACGCCGAUCGGAUUUCCCUACCGCUUCGAGAAAUCUACCGGGAAACUCCGUUACAAUGCCUAUCAUGCUGAUGGGACUCCUAGGCAUUCCUCCUACCUUGUGCACAACGGAAAUCACUGGCAAUGACCCAAAACAGAGGGGAGAAAAGGAAGAGAACACAUAUUUUCUGAACAGAAACACCGAGAGAAAUAGUUAGGGAAAAAAAGAAAAAGACGAUAAAAAAAAAUUAAUUUUCUGAUGUAAAUCACUGUAAAACCGUUAAAACUGGAUUCCCGGAUCCGGGGCCAUUAAUGGAUUUGAGCCCCCAAUUUUUUCUGAAUCGGCCUAAUUUGAUC